AUGGAGACAAUGAAAACUUUACAGUCGCUGCACUACAGCACCAUCUUCGGUACGCAGGUACGCAGUUACGCAGGUACGCAGGUAUGCAAAUAUGCAGGUAUGCAGGUACGCAGGUACGCAGGUACACAGGUACGCAGGUACACAGGUACACAGGUUUGCAGGUAUGCAGGUACACAGGUACGCAAGUAUGCAGGUACGCAGGUACACAGGUACGAAGGUAUGCAGGUACACAGGGACGCAGGUACACAGAAAGAGAUCAUCAAUGAUGCGAAGCGACUGUACAAUGUGCUCGCAUUGUAUCCAUUGCUGCCAAUGUACUGGGCGCUGUAUGAGCAGCAGGGCUCACGGUGGACUCUACAGGCUCAGGAGAUGGAUAGGAACGUGGGAUCUAUCAAACUGAAACCCGACCAGCUCCAGAGUCUGAACGUUUUAUUUGUGCUGUUGCUAUUGCCGCUGUUUGAAGGGUUCAUCUAUCCUCAAUUUGAGAAGCGAAAACUUCUGAUUCAGCCAGUCACAAGGAUGUCUAUUGGGAUGAUAGGAGCUGCUGUGGCAUUCUGUAUCACUGGGAUUGUUCAGGUACAGAUUCAGAAAUGGCAGGUUUCACCUCCACCAAAUGGCAUGACUGAACUAAAAAUAUUUAAUGGAGCACCUUGUCAAUUCAGCAUUGACUUCUUCAAGAAUCACAUUACAAUGGACCCACAAACAUUUUCUGACAGUUACCUUGUGCCCAUCGAUACCCUCAUGUUCCACAUUGUUCCAGUAAACUGUACGGUUCCCCAGCGGCCUUUAGACAUAAAUGUCACUAUGGACUCAGAGACCAGCAGUACAUUGUUCAUGGUACGAGAUUCUAAGACCAGUGAACUCAUCCUCAAACAGAUUCCUGACAACAGUGUGAAGGUUUUGGAUAAUUCAGCUCUGGUACGGAUUUUUCCUGUGCUGGAAAUACCAGAUACCAGCAGCAACAAAUCUCUGAGGUUGACGUGUGAACCAGACACUGUUAAAGACCUGAAAGUGAGGCCUUUUGACCCAUCACUCUACACACCUGUACGACCCGGCAGGUGUUCUUUACAGCUCUCAGGAGUUGGGCCGAGUUUUCUCCAUGUUGAAGGAGAGGUUGAACUGAAGGAUGGGGGUGUUUAUACUAUUGCUGUCUAUCAGGCUAAUCACACUGACAAUGUCACCGUGCAGCUGAACAUUGAUAACUGGCCAAAAACAGUCUCCGUGCUUUGGCAAAUUCCUCAGUAUUUUGUAAUCUCAAUGUCUGAGAUACUUUUUGCAGUGACUGGACUACAUCUGGCUUACACUCAGGCUCCUUCCUCAAUGAGAUCUGUUGUGAUGGCUGUUUGGCUUCUUACCAUUGGCGUAGGAAAUCUCAUAGUCGUGUUGAUUGCGGAGAUCGCGAUAAUAAAAGAUCAGGCAGUGGAAUUUUUUGUGUUCGCUUUACUCAUGGCACUGAUCUCAUUGAUCUUCAUCAUCACAGCAAGGUUUUAUAAAUACCACCCUAUCGAUACCAAAGGUGAUUACCAUCAUGAGGCUGACAAAGAAACUGAAUCUGACAGCCUCAGCUCAGAGGUAAAGGCACCUCCAUCAUAUACAGGUGAAGAGAACAAACCCCAAGCCAACAGGUAGCUGUUCAGGAGACAAGUGGACCGUCUUCCAGAGACCUGCCAAAACAAAAGGCCACUAUGUAGAACCAGCAAUUGUGUGUGUGUGCGUACACAUAUGUGAGUGUGUGAGAGAGUGACUGCGUGUGUAAGAGAGAGGGACUGUGUGUGUGUGUGAGAGAGAGAGGGAUUGUGUGUGUGAGAGAGGGACUGUGUGUGUGUCUGUGUUUGAAAGGUAGCUGCAUUGCGUGUGUGCCUGCUUGUACAGUACUUAUUUCUCAUUUCCAUUACCAUUCAUUUAAUUAAUUUCAAGCAUUUAUUGUAAAGAAAUGCUUGGCCUCAGCCAGCACACGUUUAAUAUUAACGUGGAGGUUAAGUUGUAAUGAUGUGGAAAGUAGGAGCUAAUUCUAUCUCAACACACCUUCAGCAGACCUUAACAAGACUCCAAACAAAUGUGUGAGCUAUUGUGGAGAUUGGCAUCCCUAUAUACCUCUGCAAUUUGCCUGCAUUGGAAUAAAGUAAAUGUGUGCAAUAAGGUUGAAGUUGCUGUAACAAAGCCACCUGAAACAUUUUGAUCGGGGGAUGGGGGUCACCGUCUCAGAGCUAGUUACUACUGGAGGCAAGGAGCAUCCCCACUCAAUUCCCAUUGUAAUAACCGCAGACCUCUGCAAGCUUCCACAUUGUUAUUCAAGUUUGUCCACCUACACGUUUCUAUAAAUAUGGCUUCCAAAACUCUCCACAAAAGGAUUUUUCCUUGCAUUCUGUCCAAGAUUUUUAUACUGUUAUUAUCAAGGUUAGUCAGUAACUCUAGUGUGAUUGUAAGAUGCGAGUACUGAGAUGACGGUAGGUUAAAUCAAUCAAGUUUGCUAUUUCAUCUGUAUUGAUUUCUGUGUGCUCUGACAUCAUCUGCUCCAUUCCAUCCAGUGAUGAUGACCAAGUGAGUGUCUUUGCAGUGAUACAUGUCAGAAUGCCAUGUGUGGGUUUCCUCCGGGUGCUCCGGUUUCCUCCCACAGUCCAAAGAUGUGCAGGUCAGGUGAAUUGGCCAC